AGUAUUUGAUGGCUCUAGCCAAACUGUGGCAAAGGGAAGCAUCCCUUCAUUAACAGGAAUGUGCCACUGCUUAUGCACUGGAAAGGGGAGUGCCAUGAGAUCUACUGAAGAGACUAUUUCUGUGGUUGCCUAUCUACAUGUGUUUGCACCCCUGCUGGGACUGAAUUAGGUGGUACAGACAUCUUGGACCAUCAGGUAUUGGAUAGCGGCUUUUUUUUCAUUCAAGGUGUACCUGGCACGAGAACUGAAAGACACCGCAGAUCUUUUUCAGAGACACAAACAGAGUGAGACAAUCUCCAGCCUUUCCCUUCUGUAACUGCCUGCUAUACCAUGGGAUGUCGGCAAAGCUCUGAGGAGAAAGAGGCAGCGCGGCGGUCCCGUAGGAUUGACCGCCACCUGCGCUCUGAAAGUCAGCGACAACGAAGAGAGAUUAAGCUCCUUCUCCUGGGCACCAGCAAUUCUGGGAAGAGUACUAUUGUAAAGCAGAUGAAAAUCAUUCACAGUGGUGGCUUUAACUUGGAGGCUUGCAAGGAAUACAAACCUCUGAUUAUCUAUAAUGCAAUUGACUCCCUCACGCGGAUCAUUCGGGCUCUAGCCACCCUUAAGAUAGAAUUUCACAAUCCUGACCGAGCAUAUGAUGCUGUGCAGCUUUUUGCCCUGACAGGCCCAGCUGAGAGCAAAGGUGAGAUUACCCCUGAGCUGCUGGGAGUCAUGAAACGGCUCUGGGCAGACCCCGGGGUGCAGGAGUGUUUUUGCCGCUCCAAUGAGUACCACCUAGAGGAUAAUGCUGCUUACUACUUAAAUGACCUAGAAAGGAUUGCAGCACUGGACUACAUCCCUACGGUGGAAGAUAUUCUGCGUUCUCGGGACAUGACCACAGGGAUUGUAGAAAAUAAGUUCACCUUCAAAGAGCUGACUUUUAAAAUGGUGGACGUGGGGGGACAGAGAUCGGAACGCAAAAAAUGGAUCCACUGUUUUGAGGGGGUUACAGCAAUAAUUUUCUGUGUGGAGCUGAGUGGAUAUGACUUGAAGCUGUACGAAGAUAACCAAACAAGUCGAAUGGCAGAAAGUUUGCGUCUCUUUGAUUCCAUCUGCAACAACAAUUGGUUUAUCAACACUUCCCUCAUCCUUUUUUUGAAUAAGAAAGAUCUGCUGGCAGAAAAAAUCCGACGCAUCCCCUUAACGGUCUGCUUUCCUGAAUACAAAGGCCAAAACACUUAUGAGGAGGCAGCAGUCUACAUCCAACGCCAGUUUGAGGACUUGAAUCGCAACAAGGAGACCAAGGAGAUCUACUCACACUUCACCUGCGCCACUGAUACCAGUAACAUCCAAUUUGUCUUUGAUGCAGUGACAGAUGUCAUCAUUCAGAACAAUCUCAAGUAUAUUGGCCUCUGCUAA